CAAGGAAGUAGCAGUAAACAUGUGUAGUAGCGAUGUUAGAGAAGAAACACGUUAAACGUUGACUGAUUUUUUUUAUUACUUAAAAUACACAAAUUACGUGAAAUAACAUUUAAACAAGUCAUUUGUGUAGUAUUAAUUAGAGCCUUUUGUAUAAACAGUGAUUGUUAGCUCAUUUGUAAACGCUUUAGUUUUCUCUGGAGUAAUGAAGUGGUUCAAGUGUCCAGCUCGACACGGCUAUGCGGUGGAAAUGUCCCCGUUUCUCCCCACCGUACUGGCCUGUGCUACAGCUCAGUAUUACGGCAUAGCAGGAUGUGGAACGCUGCUGGUUUUGGAACAGAGGGAUUCGGAUGUUGUGCUCAUGAGAAGCUUUGACUGGAACGAUGGGCUCUUUGACGUGACGUGGAGCGAGAACAACGAGCAUGUGCUGGUGACUGGAGCUGGUGAUGGCUCUUUGCAGAUUUGGGACACGGCCAACCCACAGGGGCCUAUUCGAGUGCUGAAGGAGCACACUCAAGAGGUAUACUCAGUGGAUUGGAGCCAGACACGGGCUGAGAACCUGGUGGUGUCAGGAUCCUGGGAUCACACAGCCAAAGUGUGGGAUUCAGAGCGCCCUCAGUCCAUGUGCACACUUCAGGGGCACGAGGGAGUCGUAUACAGCACCAUUUGGUCUCCACACAUCCCAGCCUGCUUCGCCUCAGCUUCAGGAGAUGGCACGCUGAGAGUUUGGGACGUAAAAGCAGGCUCGUGUCGAUUGGCUAUUCCGGCACACAAAGCAGAGAUCCUUAGCUGUGAUUGGUGCAAGUAUGACCAGAACGUGUUGGCGACAGGAGCUGUUGACUCCAGUGUGUGUGUGUGGGAUCUACGUAACGUUCGGCAGCCUGUAGCUCAAAUGCUGGGUCAUUCCUAUGCCAUCCGGAGAGUAAAGUUCUCACCAUUUAACAAGACCAUGCUGGCAUCCUGCUCCUAUGACUUCACAGUCAGGGUCUGGGAUUUCUCCAGGAGUCCGCCGCUGCUCGACACCAUGGAGCACCACUCGGAGUUCGUAUGCGGCCUGGACUUCAGUCUGCACAUCCCCAACCAGAUGGUGGACUGUUCCUGGGAUGAGACGGUAAAAAUCUACACUCCUCCAUGUCUGGCUGCUAUGCAACCCAGCUCAGAGUAAAGAGAAGAUGGCAGCAGGGCUUCGAGUCAACAAGUUUGCCACGGUGCUUUUCCUAAAGGAGCAGGACCAUCCACAUGACGAAUACAGGGUGACACUGAUUCUGAUUAAUUUUGGAGCUUCUUAUCAGAGUGAACCUGAAACCUGGUUUUUAAGUCAGUUUGGAAAUCAACGGUGUCAAAGUUCCACCAAAUAGACACUUUACUGGUUUACAUGCAGGUUGACAGUCAGUUUGUUUUAAGUGAUGUGACUCCUAAUGACUGAUCCAUGACAUUGGUGAUGAUAUCAUAUGGAAAGUAAUUUAUCCAAAUAACAGUUAAUAAUUUAAAUAAAAUAAAUUAAAAAAUGGAAGAUUCUACAUUACGUUUGUGUGGAGGUUUUAAUACAUUGAAAUUCUGACACUUUUUACUACAUAUACAUAUAAAAACAAAAGACUUAAUUGAACUAAAAUUAAAUGUGUUUCUGUUUCUCAGUGAGAAGUAUUAAUUUAAAAUCUGAAGCAUGGCAGACAUUUUGAGUCUUGGUCUGAUUACAAACAGAACUGCUAUACAACAACUUGAUCAAAGCAUGACAUUCACUAUGUGAAGAAAUCACACUUUGCCAGAAAGGUUUUAGAUCUCUUUAGGCAAGCUUACUAUUUUUACCAUAGCUUUUGGUUCAGCAGUUCACAAGCCAUUAAACUUGCUAACAGGAAUCAUACGGUUCUAAUUCAGUGCUGCUUUUCACUGUGGGAAAAAUCCUGCAGCUCAGGCUUACAAAUAAAAACUCAGAUCUUUGCUUUGUUUGUUGAUCGUAAACAAAUGUAUGACCAGAGCUCAUUUUCUAACACAACACUGCAAGAAGUCAAACUGGCUCUUUAUCCAACGUGAUGCUUGCACAAAGCCAAGGCAAAAUUCAAAAGGAAAUAAAAACAUUUCACAUCAUGGUGAAAUAUAUUUAUAGUUCAUCUAACAGGUUUUCCCAAACCGGUACACACCUAUGCCUCAGAUGCCAGUACUGGCAUUAAAAUAAACAUGAUGUGCUUUUUUUAUUUUAAAUUUCUAAGAGAUGAAAAAUCAGUUAAUAAAUAAAUAAAUUUACAGUUUCUAUCUUUGCUGUUCAUGCUCUUUAUCUUCCCACAAUCUCCAAAGGAUUUUUCUCCCAGCAGGGGUGUGUUGCACUGAAUGCAAAUCACCGAAUCACCAUGCGUAAUAUAAUAAAGAUGCACUCCCUCCUCCAUAAGGAUUUGCAGCCCACAUUAAACGUAAAGAACAGAGCGCAAAUCUAUAAAGCCUACAUGAGUGUACAUUAUCUCUUUUUCUUUUGGAUAACGUCCAUCUUCACCCUAUAGCUGGAAUAAAUGGUGCUUGC